AACCCCAUCAUCACUACAGGUAACCUAACUUAACCACAUCAUCACUACAUUUUCAGGUAUGAGAACUACAUAACAGCUCAAGGACUGACGGCAGGCAUGAGUUAUUGAAGAACAACAAUGAACUGUUCUACAAUGGGGAACAUACUUGGCCUUACACAUGAUCUGGAGGAGGAGGAGGAGGAGAGUUGUGUAGUCCUUGUGUCUUCACUUAGGACUACAGAGGCUACAGGGAGGGGUACUACAGAGUCAUCAGCUACCAUACUACAGGAAGAAUCUACAGAAACAAGUACCACAGAAUCUUCAGCUACAGUGCUACAGGAAGAUUCUACAGAAACAAGUGCUACAGAAUCUUCAGCUACAGUACUACAGGAAGAAUCUACAGAAACAAGUACUACAGAAUCUUCAGCUACAGUACUACAGGAAGAAUCUACAGAAACAAGCACUACAGAAUCUUCAGCUACAGUACUACAGGAAGAAUCUACAGAAACAAGCACUACAGAAUCUUCAGCUACAGUACUACAGGAAGAGUCUACAGAAACAAGUACUACAGAAUCUUCAGCUACAGUACUACAGGAAGAAUCUACAGAAACAAGUACCACAGAAUCUUCAGCUACAGUGCUACAGGAAGAGUCUACAGAAACAAGUGCUACAGAAUCUUCAGCUACAGUACUACACGAAGAGUCUACAGAUACAAGUACUACAGAAUCUUCAGCUACAGUACUACAGGAAGAUUCUACAGAAACAAGUAUUACAGAAUCUUCAGCUACAGUACUACAGGAUGAGUGUACAGAAACAAGUACCACAGAAUAUUUAGCUACAGUACUACAGGAAGAGUCUACAGAAAUAAAUACUACAGAAUCUUCAGCUACAGUACUACAGGAAGAUUCUACAAAAACAAGUACUGCAGAAUCUUCAGCUACAGUACUACAGGAUGAGUGUACAGAAACAAGUACCACAGAAUCUUUAGCUACAGUACUACAGGAAGAGUCUACAGAAAUAAAUACAGAAUCUUCAGCUACAGUACUACAGGAAGAUUCUACAGAAACAAGUAUUACAGAAUCUUCAGCUACAGUACUACAGGAUGAGUGUACAGAAACAAGUACCACAGAAUCUUUAGCUACAGUACUACAGGAAGAGUCUACAGAAAUAAAUACUACAGAAUUUCCAGCUACAGUACUGCAAGAAGAUUCUACAGAAGCAAGUACUACAGAAUCUUCAAUUACAGUACUACAGGAGGAUUCUACAGAAACAAGUACUACAGAAUCUUCAGCUACAGUACUACAGGAAGUGUCUACAGAAACAAGUCCUACAGAAUCUUCAGCUACAGUACUACAGGAAGAUUCUACAAAAACAAGUACUGCAGAAUCUUCAGCUACAGUACUACAGGAAGAAUCUACAGAAGCAAAUACUACAGAAUCUUCAAUUACAGUACUACAGGAGGAUUCUACAGAAACAAGUACUACAGAAUCUUCAGCUACAGUACUACAGGAAGAUUCUACAGAAACAAAUACUACAGAGGAACAGCAAGAAUCUACAGAAACAAGUACUACAGAAUCUUCAGCUACAGUACAACAGGAAGAAUCUACAGAAACAAAUACUACAGAAUCUUCAGCUACAGUACUACAGGAAGAUUCUACAGAAACAAGUACUACAGAACCUUCAGCUACAGUACUACAGGAGAAUUCUACAGAAACAAGUACUACAGAGGAACAGGAAGAACCUACAGAAUCUUCAGCUACAGAAGAACAGGAAGAAUCUACAGAAAUAAGCACUACAGAACCUUUAGCUGCAGUACUACAGGAAGAAUCUACAGAAACGAAUACUACAGAAUCUUCAGCUACAGUACUACAGGAAGAAUCUAUAGAAACAAAUACUACAGAAUCUUCAGCUACAGUACUACAGGAAGAUUCUACAGAAACAAAUACUACAGAGGAACAGCAAGAAUUUACAGAAACAUGUACUACAGAAUCUUCAGCUACAGUACUACAGGAAGAAUCUAUAGAAACAAAUACUACAGAAUCUUCAGCUACAGUACUACAGGAAGAUUCUACAGAAACAAAUACUACAGAGGAACAGCAAGAAUCUACAGAAACAAGUACUACAGAAUCUUCAGCUACAGUACUACAGGAAGAAUCUACAGUAUCUUCAGCUACAGUACUACAGGAAGAUUCUACAGAAAGAACUACUACAGAAUCUUCAGUUGCAGUACUACAGGAAGAGUCUACAGAAACAAGUACUACAGAGGAACAGGAAGAAUCUACAGAAACAAGUACUACAGAAUCUUCAGCUACAGUACUACAGGAAGAGUCUACAGAAACAAGUACUACAGAGGAACAGGAAGAAUCUACAGAAACAAGUACUACAGAGGAACAGGAAGAAUCUACAGAAACAAGUACUACAGAGGAACAAGAAGAAUCUACAGAAUCUUCAGCUGCAAAGGAACAGGAAGAAUCUACAGAAACAAGUACUACAGAAUCUUUAGCUGCAGUACUACAGGAAGAUUCUACAGAAACAAGUACUACAGAGGAACAGGAAGAAUCUACAGAAUCUUCAGCUGCAAAGGAACAGGAAGAAUCUACAGAAACAAGUACUACAGAAUCUUUAGCUGCAGUACUACAGGAAGAUUCUACAGAAACAAGUACUACAGAGGAACAGGAAGAAUCUACAGAAUCUUCAGCUACAGAGGAACAGGAAGAAUCUACAGAAACAAGUACUAUAGAAGAUCAGGAAGAAUCUACAGAAACAAGUACUACAGAAUCUUCAGCUACAGUACUACAGGAAGAAUCUACAGGGUCAAUUACUGUAGGUGAAAGUGGGUGUUUGACAGGUGAUGACUCGAAGGGUAAAGGAAACAAAAGGAAGUUUCGGACCAAAGCUUUAGCUGAGGACAAACGUUUGGAAAUUGAAAGCUUUAAGACUUCUCCAGCUUGUUGGAAUGAACGUAAACCAUUAAAGAAAAACUCAAUGGAAACUCAAACAGAUAUUUUGCUUGAGGUGAAAAACACAUGUCAAAGUAACAUGGAAAAUAAAACAACUCAGAUUAAUACUUAUAAGACUGAGACUCCUUGUAAGUGUCCGUACUUUUGUUGUAAUCAUGAAGACUCAAUGUACGAACACAAGGGGGUGUUAUGUACGGCAAACAAGACACGUUACAUAUGUGCAUCUCUCCUGAAUGUCACCAUGUUGGUCACGGUCGAGGGAAUGGUUAUAGGGGAUAUUUACUUGUCCUGUAAUGUUGUGUGGAUAGAGGGUAGACCGGUGCCUCUUCAGUAUGUAGCCGAUGGGACGACAGUGAGUUUCGACGCCGUGAAUCACCGCGGACAGUACGAGGCGUUGAUCAUAUGGGUAGACUGUAAGCCUGGAAAAAUGAUCCCCAUUGGUAAAGACGAUGUUAUCUGCACCGGCUCGGACGACUAUCGCCUCACCAAUUUAAGACUUAAUAGCAGUUUAGGCGUCGCCAAUGUUGAAAUCCAGGGAAGGCAGGUUACUUCAGUCAUGCAGUUAAGCAAUUUCUUCAUCGACGGGAGGCGGGCCAGCAAAGACGAACUUGCGGAAUUGCCUCUCAAGGAUCCAUCAUUUGAAGUGCAUGGGAGGGUGUGUACCGUAGUGCCAGGAACUUCAGAGGGAAAACCUCGGUACAUAGCCUUGUGUGUGUGGACGGGAGUUAAACCCUCGCCUUCAAUCAUGCCGCACACGUUGCAGGUAUCUGAAGUUUAUGAAAACAGGAAAAAAUUCUCUUUCAGCCCCAAAAUGAGCGAGACUUGUAUAUACCUGGGUGUUGACUCCUGUUUCGAAUGUACAGACGAGUAUUCUGUCAUGAUGAUUGUCGUGGAAGAUGAGGUUCAUUUACUGAGUCUUACACCAGGUGAAGUAGAUUGCCUGAAGAACUUAAGGGGAGAUCAACCUAUGGCUCAAGCAGUGGGGUUUUCUGACGUAAUGAAGAGUCCUGACUGUGAGCCCAGUAAGUGGAGUGUUAUAGUUAAGGAUUUGAUCCCAGUGAUUGAACGCCGGGUAAGGCCGGACAAUUCCCUCGACUCGUUCAUUUCGUAUGUGGUAUCUUCGCUCAAGAACAACGAGCUGACACCCAUUAAACAGGAAAAGAAAUCGACCACAGCCGAUGACCUACUCAAAACUAUACUGUACGGUAAACACCAUGAAUCUAAAACCAAGGCCAUUGUGGAUGAUAACUACGCCUUGGUACACGACAUCUCAAACAACAACUUGACUCCUGAUUCGAUACCAAACGCGAACGAGACGAUUACCCGAACGCUAAAGACUUCCUCUCCUUUUAAAUACUCGGUAGUUGGAGGCAAGAUAUCCCCUAAAGACAACGACACGCUAUCGUUUGUCUACGGGCACGACAAACAGAUCAAGCUCGCAGCCAUAGCCAAGGGCAGACUGCUGGACCACUCACGACCUCUCUCGGGGAACUGUUUCUUCGUCGUCAACUCCCUAAACCAGACCCCAAGAAAAGACGCACAACCCAAUUUCCUGUAUGGUUGGGUACAAGGCAGGUACCCCAAUAACCACAUACUACUCAAUCAGAAAAUCAUGUUACUCGACCCCAAACAAAAGAUUAUACGACUGAACGGUAAAGACGGUGGCGCUUCGAACGUUUUUCUCUACGAUAAUGAUUUUGUUUACAUGAAGGACAGAGAGGUAAACAUCGUAAUCUACCAUAAAGAAAACAAUCAUUCGUGUCUACAUGUCUUGGUCACUCAUAUACCCAGUGUAAGGAGAGGCGGAUACACCAUCGAUAGGAAAAUUCGCAUCAUGAGUCGAAAUAAAUUGAUUCUCCUCGUGACCAUGAAAGCCUUCGCCCUGACUGAAGGUGAGGAUAGUGACUACAGCGAUGAUGAAGAACUCUCUGAUGAUGGUGGUGAAGCAGAUGUGAAGAAUCUUGAUGAAAUAGAAGAGGAAAAUGAAAUAUCACAUACUAAAUAUGUAAACCAAAGGAAGACAGAUGAAGUUAUAAAUGAUAUAACUGCAGUAGAGGAUUUAACCCCAUUUAAAAGGAUUGUAUACCAGUAUGCCAACCAGAAGAAGGAAUCCGCCAAGUGCACAAAGGGUUUAAACAUCCAUAUAUUCCCCAACAAGUUCAAAUUUGACAAGAGAUUGAACUUAAAACGAGCGCACUUGAUUCACUUCACCGAGACCUACGCAGUGCUUCAGUGUCACGGCGAAAAACUGAAGAUCGCUUGUCAUAUCUCCAACAUCCUCUACCAGGGAAAGAGAAUGAGAUCUAUCAAGGAGAUUGACGAGAAGAAUCGAUUGAAUUUCUUUUGCGUCCAGACUGCCAUUGGGAUGUUGGAUCUAGAGGGAUAUUCUGUCCAAGGCUUUGCUCUCUUAGCUUGGGUGUCUGGAGGACCAUCGCUUCUCACGGUUCACAAGUGCGACGUACACAGACCGUCGUUGCUUCUUUGUGAGGACGACCCGGGUAUCGUUGACCCCCACGGCGACUCGUUACAGCUGGUGGAUCGAGGUAAAACGAAGGACACUCGAGCCACAUACUCCAGUGAUGAGGGAAUGUGGAAGACAACCCCAGACUCCAACGAUCCUUGUUUCCACACCACUGGCCGGGUCCCUCGUCGCCAGGACUACAACAGAGCGGGGAUAGAAGCAGUAGACUGUAAAGCUGGAAGGAAAAUCACAUCGUACGACAGCCAUACUCUUCAACAAUCUGGUCUUGAGGUAACAGAUGCCAAGAUUGAGUUCCUGUGUGGCGAUGUUGCUGUUCUGUGUGAUCAUAAGGCCGGUAAGAAGUUGUGGUGUUAUCUAGAUAAUAUAUUCAUCUCUGGGUUGAAACUGAAGUAUAUAUCUGACGUCAUACAGUUCAUGAAGGCUAAGAAGGGUCUGACAGUAGUGUUUUCCUCUUUGGCUUCACCUUCGGUCUUCCUGGAUGAGACCAUACGCCUUAAAGCUGUAUUUGCUUACGAUUCAUUAUCAACCGGGUCUCUGCCGGGGAUUCAUGUCUGCCGCAUGCACGACGCUACGCCAAUCUCUGACCUACAGAAGCACGAGAUAGCCGUAGCAAAGGAGAUAUUUUCUGAUAUUGACAAAGUACUUCAGUGUGAGAAGACUCGCCUUACCUACUACAAGAAGGUGAUCAAAUUAUCUAAAAAAAAUACACCUCCACCGGCUCCUGACGUCCAGCCCCCGAAGAGCAAAGGCGACAACGACAGUGAUGAUGACAAUGAGACAUACAAGUACGUCUCUCACAAACUCAAAGAUGGUUUAAACGUUGAUCCGGCUAAGGUGACCUUCGACGACGUGGAACCAAGCAAUGAGUUGGAGCUGUUAUAUGCGUCCAAGACUAAAGAAAAGACCGUUUGUCUCAUGCAAAAAAGAGUCCAAUUAAACCUGAAGGACCUGAUAGAUGAGGCCCAGUCUGUGAGCAUACUGGUACCGAAGCCCGUCUUGGCCGAUAUUGAACUCACAAGACUUCUCCAGAAAUAUCAAGGGUGUCGUAUGGUUGAUGACGACAACAGAGCAUCCAUACAAGAGGUGGAUGAAGAGGAAUCCGAGGUGGAGUCUAUGGAGCUCUACCCUGAAGGCUCAACUAAAGUGACUCAGGAGACUUGUGUAUUCGAGAAAGCAGACAACUGUGUGGGCCUCGUGAGGGUGAACGACCAGCUCAUCAUCGUUCAGAAGGAGGACAUGUACAACCAAGGAGAGAAGUUACCCCCAUCUGCCUCCAUUCGUAAGUACCUGUCCACAAAAAAAAACAUCUGGGUGGUCUAUUUCCUGAUAAAACCUCUGGUCAUCUGGAACUUAGAUGUCUUCCAUGCUGCGCUUGUGGUGUUUAUUGGAAAGAAACCCGCCGCCGUCGACCACAUCAUGACCUCAUGGAAGAAAAACCCCGUCAAGAUUUUAAAAUACAACUCGGGAGUCGUUUCGGCGUCAAAAAGAAGCAUUCCUUUUAAUUUAAGAGUUUUUGGUGAUCGCUUCGAAUAUUUAGAAAGACCAUGUACUAUUCUUAAACUGGUAAAGAACAGCGCCGUAGUGGAGUUCAGCAUUAACAUUGAAGAGAAUAAGUACCACGGUUUGUUUUAUCAGGCAACUACAUAUAUAAAUGGCGUGCGUGUACCUCAGGUCGGUAACUUGGCCGAUCAUCUACAAGCAUACAGGUCAGAUGUCUGGUACUGUGUGUUGGAGCGAUACGUGAACCAGAAGAUCGCCGGCGUGGAGAUUACUCACAGGGCAUCGCUAGCGUGGUGCGGCGACAAACCAGAUCCCAAAACUGUCGCAGAUGAUGAAAGUGGUGAGAAGGAGGGUACGAGCCCAACUGAUCAAUCUGAUAGAACAGCUUCCACAUCAUCUGCAAGUGUGAACAUCCCUGUACUUGAAUCAGAUGAGACAUUUACUGAUGAAACACUCACGGUUUCGUCUCAACUCAAGUCAAAAUCCACAGGGGGAUCACAUACAGCCUCUUCACCCCCGAGUAGUGAAGUUGGCGAUGCUGAAUCCGUUCCUGCUUCAUGUUCCAGUAGUACUUCAGCUAAAUCCCUUCCUGCGCCAUGUUCCGGUAGUACUUCAGCUGAAUCCGUUCCUGCUUCAUGUUCCAGUAGUACUUCAGCUGAAUCCGUUCCUGCGCCAUGUUCAGGUAGUACUUCAGCUGAAUCCGUUCCUGCGCCAUGUUCAGGUAGGACUUCAGCUGAAUCCGUUCCUGCGCCAUGUUCCGGUAGGACUUCAGCUGAAUCCGUUCCUGCGCCAUCUACCAACAGGACUUCAGCUGAAUCCGUUCCUGCACCAUCUACCAACAGGACUUCAGCUGAAUCCGUUCCUGCGCCAUCUACCAACAGGACUUCAGCUGAAUCCGUUCCUGCGCCAUCUACCAACAGGACUUCAGCUGAAUCCGUUCCUGCGCCAUCUACCAACAGGACUUCAGUGCCUAAGUCAAAGAAAACAAGUGUCUCCAGUGCCAAGAAUCGUGACAACUCUGCCUCGCCUUCACUGCCAGAGAAGACACCAAGGAGAGGAAAAGGCAAGACAAAUUCAAAGGAUUACAGCAGUUGUGAUGGACUUCGUGGUUCUUCCUCCUCUUCCUCCUCGUCAUUAUCAUCAUCAUCAUCAUCAUCAUCAUCAUCAUCAUCAUCAUCUGCUAAAGUAAUCCCCCAGGAAGGUAAAAUCCAGUCAUCAUUAUCAUCAUCGUCAUCAAGGCACAAGACAACACCCGCCCAGAACGUUGCUUCCUACCCAGUAGACUCAACCCACAGACCAAGAACGUCUCCCCCAGAACCAAAACGAAGCUCGAGUUCAUUCAUGGAUAAAAACGACGGGGCUCACAAUCUUUCAACAUCCGUCCCAGCCAGUGUAUGGAGCAAGACCUCGAAACCAAAACAGAGAUCAAAGGGAUUCCCUUCGAGCUACUACGACUACUACCACAGGCCGUCCCGAAAAUCCUAGACUAG